AUGGUCGCGAUAACGGGCAACGAAGGUGAAAAAUAUGAUCAGCCAACAGUUGGGCUGAUCGUGCCGCCGCCAGAAAUUAGGUCAAUUGUCGAGAAAACUGCCUCGUUCGUGGCUAGAAAUGGCGAACAGUUUGAACAGAAAAUUAAACAGAAUGAAGCUGCAAAUCCUAAGUUUGACUUUCUCAAGGAAGAAAACCCGUACAACUUGUACUACCGAAAGAAAGUCGGCGAUUUCAUGGUAGGAACAGCAACUCUAUCUAAACAGGAUGAAAAUACGACCACUGUUGAAGCUGUGCCCGAAGUGAAACAAAAGCUGCCCAUGAUUCCGACUACGCCGCCCCAAGAAUUUGAAUUUUGCCACGACCCGCCAACGAUGAAUGCGCUCGAUUUGGACAUCGUCAAGUUAACAGCCAUCUUUGUCGCUAGAAAUGGACGUAGCUUUCUUACCCAAUUGAUGCAGAAAGAAGCGAAAAACUAUCAGUUCGAUUUUCUUCGGCCACAGCAUACACUUUUCCAGUACUUUUCGAAACUCGUCGAACAAUACAACAAGGUCUUGAUCCCUUCGAAAAAUAUGAGAGCAAAAUUGAGAAGCGACUUGAAAAACCAACAAGACAUUCUCGACGACGUCAAUUAUAGAGCAGAGUGGGGUAGAUACCAAGAGCGAAUCCGAAAGCAAGAACAGGAGAAGCAAGAAAAGGAAAGAGUGGCUUAUGCUGAAAUCGACUGGCACGAUUUUGUUAUCGUCGAGUCUGUCGACUUCCCACUUCAUGAGCGAAGCGAUCUUCCAGCGCCAGUGACGCGAGAAGAACUCGGUGUUCGAAUGGCUCGAAUGGUCCGAAUCGAGCAAACUGGCUAUGAUUCAGAACAAGUUGAGCGAUCCCAGCCUGAACCCGAGCCAGAGCCAACACCGCAACAGCCACAGCAACCGCAGAUCAUUGAGCGUGACCUUGGAGACGAGGUUCAAGAGCAAGUUGCUCCUGCUCCUCCCAAAUUGCCAAUGGCGCCAGUUGAAUCCGCACCUCCUGUUCUCAACGAUAACAUUGUCGUCCGCUCCAACUACAAUCCCAAAGCCAAGACAUUCGAACGACCGCAAGCUGGUGAUGUCGAGUUCCUUAUCUCACCUCUCACAGGAGAGCGUAUUCCGGCUUCCAAAAUGUCGGAACAUAUGAGAAUCGGUCUUCUCGAUCCCGCCUGGGUUGAGCAGCGGAAGAAAGAAAUCGCCAAAAAAAAAGAAGAGGAGGAUUAUUAUGCCCAAGACGCAGCUGUUGCCAGCUCCUUGUCGAAAAUCGCAAAGAAGCGAACGGAUAUCUUCGGUGUGGAAGAAACUGGCAUCGGCCAAGAAGUCGGCGAAGAAAAGAAACGAGUGGACGAGAUCGGUUGGGAUGGACACAAACGAAAUGCGAACCAAGCUAUUGCAGCUCAGCACCAAUCCGAUGCUGAGCGGGCGCAACAGCGUCGAGAUGAACUCAACCGUGGCAUUCUUCCUGAAGAUCUUCAAGAUAAUCAAUUCGAAGCUCCUGGUCCUCGAACACAGCCAUCUUUACCCCAGCCUGGAGCACCAACUGCACCUCGAGUCAUUCCCCUCGUUCGUCAUGUGGUUCCUCAACCUGUUGUUCACAUCCAGCAACGAGCUCCAAUGGGUGCCAUUCCUCGCAUGGGCAUGGCUGGUAUUGGAGUUCCUGGUGGAGCGGCUGGCAUGCAGAUGGGCAUGCGCCCGCCAGUCAUGGGCAUGCAAACUGGUAUGCAAAUGGGAAUGCGCCCGAUGGCACCAGGUGGAGCAAGCGUUACUAUGGGCAUGCGGCCACAAGGAAUGGCGCGACCAACAAUGGGCAUUGACAUGGGCGGACCACCAACGAAGAAAGCUCGACCAGAAGAUAAUCUUAUUCCUGAAGCGGAGUUCCUCAAGAUGCAGCCUCCCCAAGUUGUCUUCCAAAUUUCGGUUCCAAAGGUUGAAAAGGACGACUGGAAGUGUCGUGGGCAGCUGAUCUCUGUUGGCAUGCCUCUGACCAGUACAUUCAACGAAGUCAAAGCAAAGAUCGAGUCCGAAACUGGAAUGCCUCCGCAAAAACAAAAACUGCAAGUUGAAGGCGCUUUUGUCAAAGAUCAAAACUCCCUGGCAUUCUACAAUGUUCGUCCAUCAACACUUGUCCUCCUCACACUGAAAGAAAGAGGAGGCAGAAAGAAAUAA